AUGGACGCACCAAGAAAUUUAAUAAGCGUUAAAAAGGAAGAAGAGAAUUUAUUGCUAAAUUUAGUAGAGAGGAUCGGCUUACUAGUAAAAAAUGAUUUGGCAAAUGUAUUAAUAGCAGGAUUUGGGGAGCUUUCGUGCACCUCAGCCACGGUGAAACACAGUCCAGCCGCAUGCCGAGUCAUUGUAAUACAACCAGAAGCUGCAGUCCCCUACCCUAAAUUUCCUCGACUCUCACAACGUCGAAUAGCCAGACAUAAUGGCCCUCCAGAUCCAGGAGUUGCAAGGGUCAAACCUCACGAUGAACGUUUUUGCGGGACACACAAUAAUAAGGAUUGA